AUGGCAUCUCCAAGCAACCGUGUGCGCUUACCGUCAAUUAGCGAAUUGACUUCUUCCACUUCUAAAUACAUCCCUAGUUUAUCACCUCGCAUUAAGGACGAUCGUGCCUUGAAAGACUUACCCACCGUAGGGACAAAUUACAAAUAUCCAACAAAACCAGUUCAUGUUUCAUCGAACUACAUUUUGGGAAGUCAUAACUACCAGAGAGUUGUUUCACCAGUAGUACCUCCAGCUUCUUUUGAACAGAUCCCUGAACAUCAAAGUCAUCAACAAUUUCAAUCUCAUCCUCCACAUAUCCAACAAGUUCCACUUCCACCACAACAUGAACAAUCUAUCCAUCAGCAUAUUCCACCACCACCUGCUCCAACUCACACUCAUGCUCCUGGUCAACAGUACCAUUCCCCUCCAACCCACUAUCAUUCCCCACCUACCCACUAUCCUCAAUAUAUCCCUGCAUUCCAUCAUCCCGGACACAUGGCAGCGCAAGUUGUGCAGGGCCCACCUCCUCCUCCUCCUCCUCAACAACAACAACUUCAAAGACAUCAAGGUUACUAUCAACCUAUAUAUUUCCAACAUGGUGCAACUGUGGCAGGUACCCAGUUCGCUACACCUGAAGUAAUCAACAAACCUAAUAAUAAAUGUCAUCGUUGUGGUACAACUGAAACACCUGAAUGGAGAAGGGGACCCAAUGGUGUGAGGACUUUAUGCAAUGCCUGUGGACUUUUCCACGCUAAGUUGGUUAAGAGAAAGGGUGCUGCAUUAGCCGCAGAGGAAGUACUUAAUAAUAAAGUUUGUAAGGGAAAGAACGGUAGAAGAAUCUCUAUCAAGUCAGAGAUGUUAAAAAACGAGAAGAUCCCUACGAUGCAUCAACAGGGCUUGCCUCCAAUCAUGGGGCAGAGCUUCCCUCCAUUCUCGGUUCCUUCCAUGAUUCGUCACUAA